AUGGUGAGACAAAGAAGGAAGUCAGAGAAAGAAGAAGAGAAGCGAGAACAAGAAGAUGGAGAACAAGAAGAUCAGAAGGUGCAGCCAAGGCAAAGAAGCGUGAGCAGAAGAAACAUGCAAUCUCUGGUGAUCGGGCUCGUUGGAGGUGCGUUGACUCUCGGUGCUUAUUCUCAGGCCUAUGUUUCUCCGGGCACAUCUAUCGGCGCUGGUCUAUUUGUCCUCUUCUUUGGCUUGCUUGUCAGCGAAGGUUUUAUCUCUCUUUGA